AGCUCAUCACCACAGCGCUCCACUCCACACUGGGACACACCGGGUGCUCUGACGCCCGGAACGCGCAACAUGGACCAGGCCAAACCAUCAGCGGAGGACCGGAGCGCGGAGCACGCGGCGUCUCUGUUCAGGAGCCCGGACUCUGAGAACCAGAGGCGGCCCACGAGCAAGAAGAGGAGCCACUGGAAAGUCAUCAUAGCGGUUCUGCUGCUGUGUUUUCUGGUUGUCGUGUUGGCUGUGGCCUUCUCUCUGAAGAAAGGAAGCAAAGAAAAGGGAAAAGUCUGGCUCCAGGGCACAUUUGAAGACCUCCAGAUGCCUCAGUGCCCACCUGGGUUCAACAAACCUCCUCUAAUCCUUGUGUCUUUGGACGGGUUCAGGGCAGAAUAUCUGAAGGACCACAGCAGUCACAUCCCUGUCAUCAACAUGCUAAGAAAGUACGGCACCACGACUCCAAACAUGCGCCCGGUGUAUCCUACCAAGACCUUUCCAAACCACUACAGCAUUGUGACGGGUCUUUAUCCAGAGUCCCAUGGCAUAGUGGACAACAAAAUGUACGACGUGAGGAGAAACGCUUUCUUCAGCCUCAGAAGUGAUGAGAAGUUCAACGCAGAGUGGUACCAGGGCCAACCAGUCUGGGUGACAGCGAUGCGUCACAAUUUAAAAACAGCCACUUUCUUUUGGCCCGGAUCAGAUGUGAACGUCACUGGGACAUUCCCCACAUUCUACCACACGUAUGACAAAAGCAUCGACUUUGAGAAGAGAAUCACCACAGUGUUCGAGUGGCUCAGUUUACCUCAAGGAGAACGACCUGAUUUCUUCACUCUGUACUUUGAAGAACCAGACCAUUCCGGACACCAUUUUGGUCCAGGGAGCAAUGAGGUGAUUGAAGCGCUGGAAAAAGUGGACCGGAUUCUGGGAAUGCUGAUGGACGGACUCAAAGAGAGGAACCUGCACAAAUGUGUCAAUCUGAUCGUGGUUUCUGAUCACGGUAUGGAAGAGGCUUCUUGUGAAAAAGCUGUUUUUGUGUCAUCGUUCGUUAACAAUACCGAAGACUUCUCUGUGAUCCAGGGCCCAGCCGCUCGGAUCCGACCCUCACGUCUUCCUCAGGAGUUCUUCACGUUCGACUACGAAGACCUGAUUGAGCGUCUGUCGUGCAGGACGCCUGACCAGCCAAUGAGACCCUACCUCAAAGAGCACCUCCCCAAACGGUUCCACUUCGCCAACAAUGAGAGGAUAGAGAGGGGGCACCUGUACAUGAAGGAGGGCUGGCAGGCUUCUAUGACCAAAAAGGAAAUGAAAUACUGCUCCGGAGGAUUCCACGGGUCAGAUAACCUCUUCAAGAACAUGCAGGGUAUUUUCAUUGGCUAUGGUCCAGGAUUCAAACACAAGACUGUAGUCCCAACUUUUGAGAAUAUUGAAGUGUACAACCUCAUGUGUGACCUCCUGGGGAUCCGUCCUGCUCCUAACAAUGGGACCCAUGGGAGUCUGAACCACCUCCUGAAGAGGGCACCGUUCCAGCCGGUGCACCCUGCCCAGCUGUCACAUGACACACCAUGUGAUGCAUCUGAUCCCACCCCCUCAGACGACCUCCAGUGCAACUGCAGCAAUCAAACCCCAGAAAUGCACAAAGAGAUGAACACACAACUUCUCAGCAUAAACUCUGCCGCCAAAGCCCAGUUGCGGAGACAGCACCACCCCUUUGGCACUCCUCGUGUGGUCGAGUCUGACGUGUCCUUCUGCCUGCUCCAUCAGAGGGACUUCCUGAGCGGGUACAGCCGGGAUAGACUCAUGCCUCUGUGGGUCUCUUACACCAUACCUCCCCUGGUAAAAGUUGUCCCUCCGAUGAGCCCAUGUGUGCGCGCCGAUGUCCGUAUCGAACCAUCCCGAUCCCAGAAGUGCGGUCGCUAUAGUGACGACCCCGGGCUCACCUUUGGGCUGCUGCAUCCACCCUACCUGGAAUCCCAAGGCGGUCUGACUGGAUCGCUCCUCACUAGUAACAUGGUCCCGAUGUUUCCUGCUUUUCUGGCCAUUUGGGACCACUUCCAUACCACCCUGCUCCCUAAAUAUUCCCAGCAGCUCAACGGAGUCAACGUCAUCAGCGGGCCUAUAUUCGACGAAGACUACGACGGAAAUGUGGAUAAGCCAAAACCAACUGUAGAUUCACAGGCACCGACGCCAACACACUUUUUCCUGAUCCUAACGAGUUGUGGGAACUCCAGUCUGAGUCCAGGCUCCUGCUCUGGUCCGCUCAAAGUCCAGUCCUUCAUCCUGCCCCAUAGACCCGACUACAGGGAAAACUGUGCCUCGGGUCAGGUGGAGGAUUGGGCGGAGCGGUGGAUGAAGUUCCACACGGCCAGAGUCCGAGAUAUCGAGCUUCUAACAGGACUGAGUUUUUACCACGACAGGAUAUCAGUGGAUGAGACGCUACGGCUCAAAACAUUUCUACAGACUGCAUAAGCUAACAGCGAUAGGAAAACACACGACAGAGACAUUCAACCAGCUGUAAUCCAAAGAAGCCAUGUUGGUGUUUAUUUCUUAUGGAUAUUUGUGGACGAUAACAGGGGAUUUUUCAAAUAAUAGUCAGGAGUUCAGUUAAGAUGUAAUAUGAUUUGUUAAACAGCCAGCAGGGGGCAGUGUUUUGCAAAAAAAAUCAGUUUCUAUGAGGGAAAAACAGAAUGAAAGAUUGUGUUAAUUUCUGUAAUGUAGUUUUUGACAGUAUUCAUGUGAGCCAGGUGCAAACUAUAAAACUAAACCAGGGAUAAACUUGAUGGAAAACAUAUCUAUUCAGGACUAAACAAGAAUCAGGUCUCCUUUUUUUAGUUAUAAAAAUCUAACUAUUAUUUUCUGCAACAUCCGUCCAGGUUUUAAACGUAAAUGUAAAAAAAGGCUAAAGCCAUUCAGUGUUUUGUGAGAUUGUGGUGGCAAAAAUAUGGAAACCAAAGACACAACUGAACGAUUACAGAGA